AUGGCUGAAAUGAGUGAUAGCAAUUUAGAUAAACCAACCAUUAUUCAGCAAGCAAUAGCCUCUUGUUGUGGAGCUAUAAUUACAUCAUUAUUUGUAACUCCUCUUGAUGUUAUCAAAACUCGACUGCAAGCCCAAAGCAAUCCAUUCUCCAAAGGAAAGUGUUUUGUAUACUCCAAUGGCCUUAUGGAUCAUAUAUGUGUUUGUGAGAAUGGGAACAGCAAAGCGUGGUAUAAAAAACCUGGGCAUUUCAAAGGGACGUUGGAUGCGUUUGUGAAAAUUAUUCAAAUAGAGGGAAUUAAAUCACUGUGGAGUGGACUUCCCCCAACACUAAUAAUGGCGCUUCCUACCACAGUAAUCUAUUUUACCUGCUAUGACCAACUGAGUGAAGCUCUGAAAUCUAGACUAGGAAAGGAUGAUGAACACAUUCCAGUUCUUGCGGGUUCCUUAAGCAGAUUUGGUUCAGUUACUGUAGUGAGCCCCCUGGAGCUGAUCAGAACUAGAAUGCAGUAUCGCAAUUUGUCCUACAAUCAACUGUAUACAUGCAUCAGUGGUAAAGUGGCUACAGAUGGAUGGUUUUCCCUGUGGAGGGGCUGGAGUUCCACUGUUCUGAGAGAUGUACCUUUCUCAGCAAUAUACUGGUAUAAUUAUGAGCGUUUCAAGAAGAUGAUGUGUAAGGAAGUUGGUGCACAUGAACCAACAUUUUUUAUUGCUUUUACUUCAGGAGCAGCAUCUGGCUCUAUUGCAGCUGUCAUAACUCUGCCAUUUGAUGUAGUGAAAACACAUAGGCAGACUGAACUUUGGGAGAGCGAGACCUUAAAAAUUCCACAGAGGGACUGUACAUCAACCUGGGCAAUUAUGAGGAAAAUUGUCGCUAAAAAUGGGAUUACCGGAUUAUUUGCUGGUAUUAUUCCACGGCUGUUUAAAGUUGCUCCUGCUUGUGCCAUAAUGAUCAGCACAUAUGAAUACGGAAAGUCUUUCUUUUCUCAUUUAAAUGAAAAAAUGAACCAACGUCCUUAA